UGCAUCCAGACCCCCAAUGGAGAGGAGACAUUUGUCACCCCAGUGAUGUUAUGGUUGUGGGAGAAGAGGCUGUUUGACAUGAUCUACGACCUCCCUGUCCUCAACAACUUCAGGAUAUGGAAGGCUUACACCUUGUGGAAAAACAAUGUGAGAAAUCACAAGACUACAAACAGUCUGGAAAUCUUAACAAAGCAAUUAUUUUGUGCCAAUGAAGUCUUGCAAGGCUGUGUCCUCCAUGUACAAUCUCUCUGUGAGGCGGCGUCCGGCAGCUUGACAGGGUUUGGCUCUGGUGAGGCAGCCAUUUGCCUGGUCAAGGUCAACAAGGCCGUGACCUUGACCUUGAAGGAGUUUGUGGCAACUCAGAGGCUGCAGGGAGAACUGGCACUAAAACAGUUGUUUGCUCUUAGGAAGAAAGUGAUUGAUGUCGUUUGGAAGUCUUGUGCUACUGUGGCAGAGAUGGAGGGGGUGACUCAUGGAAUAAGACCAGAAAAGGACAAAAAAGUUAAAGUGAAGAAAGAGCAGGAACAACAAAAAGAAGUCAAAUACAAAAUAAAAACCAAAUAUGGAGAGAUACCUGUCUAUGACAAGAAACAGCCAGUUAUUUCAA